AUGAGCCAUUUUCAUAAUACAGUAUUCGGCUUUUCUAACGCAGAUGCUUAUAAGGAUGGAGUAGCUAUACGUGAUCUAUCAUUGCAGACCGAUUUGGCUCUCGUCCGGGAAUGGAUUCAGCUGUGCAAUGAAACCCAUGCCAAUUCUAACUUUAGUUGUCUACCAAAAGAUGGCAUUCCACUUCAAGGCUUCACAGUGAUCGACUGUAAGGACGGGAGGAAUAUCCUAGUGCCAGGUACCACUUGCAUGGAGUACAUCACACUGAGCUACGUCUGGGGAUCCGAAGUAUCAGAAGGGCCAGAUCAGUUUGGAAAAUUGCCGUCUACUCUUCCGGAUCUUAUAACCGAUGUCAUCAAGGUUGUCAUAGCUCUCGGCUACAGAUACUUGUGGAUUGAUCGAUACUGUGUUCCUCAAGAUGAUUCUUCCGAUGUUAAACCCCUUCUCAUCAAGAAUAUGGAUAAGAUCUAUUCACAAUCUACUCUUACGAUAAUCGCCACUACUUCCAAACGCCCAAGUGAAGGCCUCCCUGGCGUCACCAAGCCUAGAAUACCCGUGCAAAAAUUUCUGCAAGUGAAUUCCGUUCAUUUGGUGCAGUGGGUCAGUAACAUCCAGCAUGAGAUCGAUAAUUCCGUGUGGAAUACGCGCGGAUGGACCUAUCAAGAGGCUUUGUUUUCAAGACGAAAGCUCGUGUUCACUGAGACUCGGUGCUAUUUUCAAUGCGAUGCAGGAGGUACUCGGAGCGGCAAAGGAGGCAGCCGGAUGGAAAUUAUCGACUAUGAUCUCACAACGGAAAGACAAUAUCCAGAUAAUUAUCACAUCCCAGUGAUAUUUCGACCACGGCCAAAACAUUGCAUCGACUGGCCCUAA